CCAAUCUGCCAUCCCUUUCUUUCUUUCUUCCUGUACCUCCCAGAAUGUGUUGGCACUGCAACAUUGGCGAUCACUCUCAGCUAUGGCUUAUGGAGUGAAAGCAGUCUCCGCUCGUUUUCUUUCUGCCUAUUCUCCCGCGCUAAACUUCAGUAACCAUAAUACAGCUCCCUCUCUCUCUCCCUCUCUCUCGCUUUCGGUAUCCCCUUUAUCCAUUUCGAUAUCCUCCACACAUCCGAAGGUCCAACGCCCAUACUACAUGUCUUCGGUUAAGAAGAGCAAAUCCCGUGCCAUGCCUGCACUCCCAACAACUCCAGCGCCCUGUCUGGCACACUCACUACAGAACGAAGACUGGCCAGCAGAAGCACAAAAGGUCAAGGACGAGCAAAUCCAGGCGUUCUACCGCGAGUAUGCCAAGACGGCUCCCGAAAAAGGAAGCCCUAUUGAACCAGACGAUCAUAUUCGGAGAAUCACCACUGCUCUUACCCAAUACACGACUCGAGGGCUGCCGGGAGGGAAGGCUCUGCCUGAGGAGUUUUUGCGCCAACGCUCUGAGCAUAUCCUCCACCCUUCACCUGAAGAGCUCAUGGAGUUGUAUGCGACAUUGAUUCGUGAUAAUCUAGAACUAAACCCCAAGAUGAGAGAGGUGCUUACCGAUCAAGCCUUUGCAGCCUCAACGUUACUUCAUGGCGAUCAUCUCGACCAGCACUUUCGUCAGCAUCAACAACAUGCGGCUUCUCAGCAGCGGGCACCUUGUGGAUGUGGUGUUGACCAUGGCGACGAAACUCUCGACUUCCCGGAGGACAGUUAUGAGGAUGAGCCAGACGAGGAAGAUGAGGAUGAUGAGGAUGAUGGAGAAGACGAAGACGAUGAUGAUGAAGAUAGCAUGGAUGACGAGGAAUAUGACGACGAUGAGGAACACGAUGUCGGUGAUGGCUAUGCACACCAUUACGAGGAGAGCAAUGUCAAGAUGAUGGUCUAUGAGGAGGAAAAGCUAAAGCUCGAGACUGUCCGCCGGGUUCGCGAAGAGGAACGGCGACUCAAGGAGGAAUUUCGUAAAAAGAAGAUUUCGGAAAGGCUAAAGCAGAAGCAGGAAAAAGAACGCAUUCUUUUAUUGCAGCGCCUGCGUCUUGAAGACGAGGAACGUCGUAAGCGCGAGGCACAGGAAAAGCAGAGGAGAGAAAGACUUGAGGAGGAGAUGCGCAAGAAGCGGGAGGCUGCGGAGGCUGAUCAGAACGCCAGGUCGUUUUUAUUCCAGUGCACAUCACGAUCGCAGAUUGAGACAGUCAAGCAGAUCGUUGGCUCAACACCUGACGAUUCCUGCUCGCUAACGGGUGUGCCGCGGUUCGCAACAACUGCUGCAACGCGUCUUUUUGGUUGGGAAUUUGUAACGAUGGUAGAAGGCGUCGGUGAGGUUAGUGAGGAAAAGGGCAUCCAGGAAACUCUAUUACAUGUAGCAGUUCGAGUAGGGUGUGUCGAUUUGGCUGUGUUCUUUAUCGACAAAGGCGCGCCCUUGGACGCCUUCGAUAAGGAUGGAUUAACUCCACUUCACACAGCCGCCAAGCAUGUUGCUCCUUUUGAGAUUUGCAAGUUGCUGGUGGAGAGGACGGUGCACCAUAUUGACAGGACAUGCAUUAUUGCUGGCAGGACAGUACUUCAUUACGCGGCUCAAAAUGGAUAUGCAGAUCUGGUGUCGCUUUUGUUGCAGCACCAUGCAAGAAUCAACCCCCUGGAUCACAAGGGCAAUACACCAGAAUCGCUUGCAAAGGCCGGACUGGAAAGCGCCCUGUCCGAAAAACCGACAAAGACUAACACGAAACAAGCCAACACCGCAAAGGCGCAAAAGUAUCGCAGCACAAUGCAGCACCUUCAAAAAGCAAUGGCGGCUGUCAAGGAGGCACAGAAUCGGAAAGAUGCGCAAUUGGAAGAGCAACGGCGCAAGGACGAGGCUUUGGCCCUCGAGGAGGCGGAGAAGGACAACGCUGCGCGAAGGAAGCAGGAAGAGAAACUGGAGGCAGAUCUCAGGAGACGGUUGGAAGAAGAAAAGGAACUCGAGCGUCUCAAAGCCAUGGCGUCGGACCCGAACGGAAAUAGCAAUAACAGCAACAAGAAGAAGAAGAAAAAGAAAGGAGGAAAGAGUGGCAACGACUUGCCGGCAGCUACAAAGGAAAUCCCAACGUCAGUAUCUUCCGCCCACAAAACGGAUUCAUUCUCAGAAACGGCCACAUUCUCCCCCGCCAUUUCCUCGGUCAAUGUGAAGGUUACGCAGAACUUAACAACAGCAAACUCAUCCUCAAGCGCUGCAGUUCCCAAGCUCUCUCCAGCAGCACCCUCAGAAGGAACCAGUAAGACACCGGCCCUUACGUCAGUGGCACUAUCAACACCCUUACCAGCAACGACCAGUCUACAGCCUGCACCAGCCCGCAUUCCUAAGCCUAAAACGAGCUAUCGCCCCUCACAGCUCGUGGUGACGCGGAUGACGGACAUGGGCUUCCCAUUGCGAGAGUCCAGAAAGGCACUGAUUCAAACGGAAGGACGUGUAGAGGAUGCGAUCGAUCUGCUGACGAGCGGGGCUCAGCUGGCCGACGAUUCGGAGGAUGAGGCGGAGCAAGCCGCAGAGAAAGCAAAGGCGAAAGCGAAGGCAAAUGCUAGUCUUGCAGCGAAGAUUCCUCAGGUGAAAGCACAGGAGACUUACAUGAACGGCCACAGCAACAGUAGCGCUGUACGAGCAUCGCAGCAACCAGCCUCCAGUCCGACACUGAACCACCCAACGCACGCUACCUCUCAACAGCAGCAAGCGCAUCACCGUACAGUCCUAGGAAUGCAGCAGGUAUCACCACGGCCCAUGAACCACCCCGUACAGAUCUUGCAGAGGACGCAUGCGAUGGCGCCCCACGUUCAGCCCCGUUCAGUCCCCACACAAGUCCUCCAGCGACCGCCGCCCCAUGUUCAGCAUGCUCAACCGCAGAUGGCGCCACAGAACCCGAACAUUCGAAAGUCAUUUUCGAAUCAGAGCGUGCCCGCGAUGUCAAGUCCGGUACCGCAUCCGGCCACAACAAUUGCCAGCUUUAUUGCCCCACGGACAGCCCAACCAAUGCCACCAACGCGUGCUCCAUAUUCAUACGGUCCAGCCUCGUCAGGAGUCCACAGCUCCAAGCCUAUCGUCUCACCCCCGAUCAGUGCUGGCCAACUGAGCCACAGCUCUUUUCCCAGAAGCCCUGGCUCUACAUCGGCAGCUGUACUGGAUCGUAAUGCACCUGUAAGGGGAUCGACUGGUGAUAUUGGAACGAUCGGAAUGACACGCAAGUUUGGAAGCAUGGACGUAUCUGAUCAUCAAGGUUUUGGCUCGGGAUCCAGCUUCUCUGGUUUUGCAGCCGCAACAUCAACAUGGGACGUAAGCAUGAGUAACAAAUCUAUGACGCCGACUUCGCUUGAACUCCCUGCGCCGAUCAACAACGAAUAUCAACCAUCUUCUAUGGGGCAUAACCUCUGGGCGACUCCUGGAUUGUCAAUACCUGGCCCAUCGUUGCUUCAGCCUGUUAGCGAUAACAGUGUAGGCUCUUCCUUUGGGUCACCGUUCCUAACCAGCUUACCAGCAAAUCCUCACCAGCAGCACCAGCACCCACAUCAACAGCACUCUCAUCAGCAACAUCCUCGUUCAUCAAACGUCGAAUCCUCCUUGGAUGGGCUUCAGGGCUAUAGCGAGAGCGAUCUGGACAUAGUCAAUGCAGGCGGCGAAAUGAUCAAGGAUGUUUUGGCGAUGACGGGCGCAAUCGACUCGGAAGAGUUUGCAAAGUUUGAAGCAGAGUAUUCCCUUCUGGGCACUGGACUAUCCAGCACAGGACCAUCGAAGGCCAUAGGUGGGGGAAGAAGCAACAGUAAUGGUAACGUUAAUAGCAGCGGCCAGCCUAUGGCUAACUUGUGGGCUGGAAGUAGCAACAGCCAUGGAGGUAGCAACGAUGGAAGCCACGGGCUGCCCUCGCCCAUUGGCACAGUGAAUGGACAUGCUCUCUCUUCGUCACGCCGAGGUUUUGACUCUGGAUUUGACAGUAAUGGCUCCAAUGGUUUGCUAUCGGAUUCCAAAGGAAGCGUCUCAGAAUAUAGUCAAUGGAAUUCUGGGUUCGCUUUGGAACAAGCCAUGUACCCUUCAUCGCGACAGCAACGGCAGCGGCAAGUGGGCUCGUCUGCGUUCGUGGACAGCUUCUUUGGAUCGGACGCUAGGAUCCCUACAUCGCCCUACAGUCAACAUUUGCAAAGUCAUCAACAGCAACAGCAGCAGCAACACAGUCAGCCACUUCCGCCAUUCGAGUACUCAAAUUUCGGAGGAUUGGGUGGGCACAGUAAUACUAGUCCGGGUGAAUCAUUGACGUCCCCAACAGCAUCCGCAUUUGGGGCUAUUGGCGCGAUUGGAAGUAGUCGACACCAGCAUCAGUCUGUAGGGUCUAGUUCUGCACCCAUGCCAGGCGGCAGUAGCGGUGACCGGAAUAAUUCAAAGCAGCAUUAAAGACAAUUGUUGCGUUAACAUUGAACACGAUUCGCUGCGGAUUAUUAAUUUAAUAGUGAUGUUGUACAGAAAUACAUAUUA